UUCCAUCUCCCGACACCCCUCUCCUCUCUUCCAGCUGACCAGGUCUACGGAGACCAGGACAUGCAUGAAGUGGUCCGGAAGCACUGUAUGGACUACCUGAUGAAGAAUGCCGAUUACUUCUCCAACUAUGUGACUGAAGAUUUCACCACCUACAUCAACCGGAAGCGGAAAAACAAUUGCCACGGCAACCACAUUGAGAUGCAGGCCAUGGCGGAGAUGUACAACCGGCCCGUGGAGGUGUACCAGUAUGGCACAGAGCCCAUCAACACCUUCCACGGCAUCCAACAGAACGAGGACGAGCCCAUCCGGGUCUCCUACCACCGCAACAUCCACUACAACUCCGUGGUGAACCCCAACAAGGCCACCAUCGGCGUGGGGCUGGGGCUGCCCUCCUUCAAGCCAGGGUACGCGGAGCAGUCGCUGAUGAAAAGCGCCAUCAAGACGUCGGAGGAGUCGUGGAUCGAGCAGCAGAUGCUGGAGGACAAGAAGCGAGCGACCGACUGGGAGGCCACGAACGAGGCCAUUGAGGAGCAGGUGGCCCGAGAGUCCUACCUGCAGUGGCUGCGGGACCAGGAGAAACAAGCCAGACAG